GAUAGGGGCGCUGUAGUUGAGUGUGGGCGGUUUCGCACAAAUUAAAUCCAAUAUGGCGGUUCCCAGAAUAGCAUGUUUAGGGUUAAAUGCCCUUUAUUCCACCGUCUGCGUCCCAAAGCAGGCACUGAGGAGCUGCUGGGGGGCAGUGGAGCAGGUGAGAGGGUACUAUGUUGACUGGAGGAUGCUGAGGGAUGUCAAGAGGAGACAGAUGGCUUUUGACUAUGCUGAUGAGAGGUUACGGAUCAAUGCACUGAGGAAGAACACCAUCCUACCCAAAGAGCUUCAGGAGAUAGCAGACAAAGACAUUGCAGCGCUACCCAGAGACAGCUGCCCUGUGAGGAUACGUAACAGGUGUGUGAUGACUUCCCGACCACGAGGAGUGAAACGGAGAUGGCGACUCAGCCGUAUCGUCUUCCGUCAUCUAGCUGACCACAAUCAGAUGUCUGGGAUUCUGAGGGCAAGGUGGUGAUGGGGCCGCAUUGGACAUUUUGAAAAACUGGAUUUUUCAGUGGUUAUGAACAAACAACAUUUUAUUACUUAUGUAAAUUAUGUUUUUCUUGAUCAGUAAGGUGCUGUUACUUCCUUAUUGGUCUUCUAAAUAUUAAAAAUGAGAUGAUGUGACUACUGGAAAAUAAACUAAAUAUU